GGCUGUGUACGGUAGACUCGAAACCACCUCAAACAAUCUUGCAGCAGUAAUAGCCUAUACCAACGGAAAAUUCAGUGCUAAGCUCGGUAGAUCGCAUGCUGGUUUUCUGCUGCAGAAAGACGCACCUUUAAGCGGCACACACGCGCCCUGUGACUCUCAAAGUACCUGCACAGUGGGCACCAUUGACUUUCCCGGACUUGGACGUGAUGCUGAUUAUUCGGAUAUGACGCUUUUUAUUGCCAGUGAGAAGCAGGCCUACUGAAACUUUAAUAAUUACCCCAAAAUAUUCGCAACAAAAUUUUACAGGCAAAAGGGAUCAGCGAACCCUUUCGUGGGCACAGUUGUAUUUGCAGGACAACCUGUAAUCGUAUUUAACAGUAAUCUGAAUAUUCUUUAUUUAGGCGAAAUACAACAUUAAUAUGUAGCCUAUACAUCGCAUCGUAAACGUGUAUCGAAAUUUACACAGAAUGGCUUCAUUUAGCGUCACUUGGCUCGUCAUCUUUACUACCGGUUGUAAUCUUCCUCGAUGUUUUGGGGGACAAAGUUCCGGUCGUUUUCGGGAUAUCUGGGGGUAAUGUGACCUUCGAAAGCAGCUACAAAGUUGAUUUUGGUGCCUUUUUGCAUGGUAGCUGGUACAGAAUUAUGCCGGAUGGUCGGGUAGAGCUCAAGGCUUAUUUCAGCUCCUACACCACAAAUCGUGACCGAUACAGCGGACAGAUACAUGACGGCUCCCGCAAAGUCUCUCUUACUAUCAGGAAUGUGACAUUUAAAGAUUCUGGACAAUAUUUCUCAGCUGUGCACGAUAUUGAAAAAAUCUUCCUUGGGUCGAUCACUGUUGCAACUGUAACAGACCCCAGGAGAGACCCGAACUUGCAGCUGUUUGUCGGUCACAAACCGGACGGCACGGCAGACAUACUCUGUGAGAUGAGGGAUGUGGGUUUGGACUGGGAUGGGCCACGUUUGGAGAUGGUAGAUGACACAGACACGUCACUGAUGGACAGCAAGACGGGGGAAGCCGUAGACAGCCAUGGUGUUUUUGUUCGGUCUGCAAUGAUCUCUUAUGCUUUGGAAAAGCAGACUGUUCGCGUGGCCUGUGUCAGUCAGAGCAAAGACAGACACAUAAGACGACGUGAAGUCACACUGCAGCGCGAUGCGAUGAUCUGCCCGUGGCUGCUGUACCUGUCCCUGCUGUGUGGGGUCCUGUUUGUGGUGACCAUGGUCACUGGUGUUGUGUGGUUUUACAAGGCAAAGUGAUCCCGCACAUCACAGGCACGGGAUUCCCUGAUAAACGCUCUGAUGCUGUAAUUAAGCUGCUUUCAUUGCUCUGGGUUAACAACCAUCAUGUGCUACAUUUAUAUCAAUGUGAUAAAACCGAAAUAAGCAAACUAGCAUUGAAGGCUUUCCUUUAGAAAUUACACUGAUGGUAUAUUAACCAUUAGCAGGAUAGACAGUUAGAAGGGUGGAUGAUGGAUGGAUGUAAGGAUGGAGAGAUGGGUGGAUUGUUGAUGGAUGGUAUAAUAAAGUGAUGACUGUUCUGUCUCUGUCUUCCUUCUCCAUCAAUUGCAGUGAUAAUUUACAUGCAACCAUGUAACCCAGAGGCAUUGCUUGGCCUGUCAGCAUUUAAGAGGCAGCUGUGAUGGAUUGGGAGUCCUUCAGUGUGUCUGUAUUUGAAGGGGGUACUGGGUAGUAUUCUGUUGACACAUGUAUUAACACAGCAAAUUUAUAAAUGCAUAAUAUCAUUAAUGUAUCAGCUUGGGCUUGGAUUUUGGGCAAUGUAUUUGUUAUGAAUUGUAAUCUUUAAUAAUUAAAACUGCUUAUGUUCAACUCAGCCGUUGUCAUCUUUAUUUUCAGGGCUGAUGAAAUGUUACUGAGGAUACCAGCAUGCAAACAGUGUGACCUUUAGCGCAAAGCGGAAAAAGAGAUGAAGGGUAUAGGAGGAGGGAAAGAGAAGCCGAAAAGACAGAAAAACAUCUUCUCAUGAAACAAUUCAGAUGCUUCAUGCUACACCUGUUUAUUUCAAAUUUAACGUAACGAACAACUGUAAUAACUAAUUUGAAUAAUAUUCAUGUUUCUUUAUAGCAUUAUUUCAAGCUACAUACAUUAUAAUAGACUAAUAUCUUAAGUCAUUUACAGGGUCUUUAAGUGUACAU